UCAUCGUUGCUCUGCAUAACAAUAAUGGCGACUACCUCACAAUGAACGAGGACUUACUUUAGCUCCACUACUAGCCUACACAAUACAAAAGUUUAAACCAAAAUAAAAUUAAUCAUGGAUUAUAUAAAUCGUGUAGGGUCUCCAAUGGAUCGUCUGGAUGAAAGCUUAGAUGAAGCUCCAGAGAAAAUAAGAUUAAAAAAGCGGCAAUUAAAAUCCAAACAAGGAACAAAAUCUCCUUUUCUGAUUGGAUCAAUAGAAGAUGUCAAUCAAAAAAUUGGCCUUCUUGAUAAGAAGCUACAGAACUACACAGCAUUGGUGUGUGAGAGCAGGGCUUCUUCUGAAGAUGAGUACUUGUACAGAUCUGCAAGUGCAAAAAAAAUAACGCGAAAUUUAAAAAUAGCUAAUGAAAACAAAGAAGUUUGCAAGUUUGCUGGGAUGUACACAAUAAAAACCACACUAGCACCAAAGAUAAGUGAGAGAGCUAAAAACAUAACAAAGAUCAGUAUGAAAACAAAUCAAAAACAGAAUGGUACAGGCAUAAAAGGAGAUCCUAGCAAGCCAAAGUUUGUUGAGCUUUAUCAAUACCCUGGGUUUGAUGCAACAGGUGUAACACACUUACCUGGAGAUCUUACAUCAACAGACAUAUUUGUCCGAGUUUUGAAAGCUUCUGGCUAUCAUUGUGGAAGGCCUAACUACCAAGAAGUCAAACGGCUUUUAUUUUCUUCCCUGUCUGAAGCUAUAUUUCUUGAUAUAUUCUGGUAUUUUUUUCAAGAAAAAUUUCAACCAAGUCCUUCAUCCCAGGCAAAUAUAUUUAACAGAGUGGCUGACAAUUAUGUUAGCCUUAUGAUGGAUAACACAGACCCAAUCCUCAAAGAUUUGUUCUUUAUGGAUUUUCCUAAACUGAUGUCACAGGCUAUUUAUUCAGCAUUUUGUUUUUCAUUUCCUGAUUCCUACAGACAGUUUGGUGAAACAUUUAAAAAUGAUCUCACUUUUUUGGUUCAUGAAUGGAUGACUGGGAUUAGACCAGCUCCAAGAAAUUGGCUUUCAUGGGAUAUGAAUCCUUUAGAGCCAGCCAAUAUAAAACAGAGAGAGGAGUUGAUGAAUAAGAAGAGUGGCAGCCCAUUAAUCAACUUUGAUUACCUGGACAGUCUGAUUGACAACCAUACCAGCCCCAUGUCUACCACUGUUCCAUCAAUUUCUUCUACACAGGCCAACACCAGUCCAAGGAAAACUGUAUCACAUAGCAUGACCGGGUCAUCUUCUCCCACUAAACCAUUGUCUCCAAUAUCACUAAGUUCUAAUGGUGCUAUAGAGGCUGUAGCAGAUGCCCAGAUAUAUCGCACUAAAAAACUUAGCUUACAACACAGAGAAGGUCAGGAAUUGAAAAGGUUCAACAACAGUUUAGUUCCGAUCAAAGAAUCUGACAGCGAUAAUGACAAGGGUGAGUCCCUAGCUUUGAGGACUGUUGGAAAUAUUUUGGAUAAAAAAUACUCAAGAAAGCAUGAAGCACAGUCCCACCCUGUUGGCCAUGGCUGUGACUUUGCAAAGCUAGUAUUUAACAGAAAUGGCAAAAGCCCAUUGGUUGCCCAUUUUCUAAAGAGGAGAGGCCUUGAAAAGGUUGCUGGGAAAAUUGUUCGUCUACAAAGAGUGGAAAUGGUUAACUUGCCUGCUCUAGAUGCACCUACGUACAAAGAUGUGAUAGAGGAAUCUUCAAAAAAUAUUCAGAGAAUAAGAAACAGUUUUCAAGGUAUGUAUAGAACCAAUCAACAUGAACGGCAAAUAUUUUUGAAAGAACAGCAAACUCAAAUGAAAGACUACAUGCAUAAACAGUCCGCACUUCUUGCCAAUAAGAAGGAAGUCAAAAGACUUAGUGAUCUCAUUAUCAUGGAGCAACGAAAAAGCCAAGAUUCUGUGUCAGCUGGAGCUGAAGCAGCCAUUGAAGCUGCACUCAAAGCACAGGACUGAUCUUAGAUCUUUAAAAUCUUUAUUCUGUUGAACACAUCUGUGAUAAUUAUAAUUUUAUGUCUCAAUUUUGAAAACGGGCUUUUAUUA